AGUCAACACAGAAAAAUGUAAAAAAUAAAAAAAAGUUCAGAUUCAUAUCUUCGAUUCUUUAUAUCUCUCUCUAUAUAUAUACAUAUAUAAUUACCUUUUCUCUUUCUUCUCCAUAAGGAAACGAAUAAAGUAAUUGUUUUUCCCGCUUCUCUACCCUCCGAUUCCCCAUUUUAGUAUCUCUCCUUUAACUCAACGGGGUCAUCUUGCUUUCUUUCUCCACCGUCUUCGAACAACUCUUUGAUUCGAUCAUCUUAUUUUAAUAUUUUUUUUGGAGGGGUGGGGAGCUUAGAUUUGCUAGAGUGGUAUAAAGUUUGAGCUUAUUUCCUUUGAAAAAAGAAAAUAAAAAACUUCCAUUUAACUCAAAGUUCGGAAUUUUAUCUGGGGGUUUGCUUUUUCUUCUCUGAGUCUAUAGUUUAUACCUGUUCGGUAUCUGAUUUCUCAUUCCUUUUCCAAGAUUCCCUCCGAUUCUGAAAGUGGGUCUUUUUUUUUAGAUUCUUUAGUUUAUGCUAUUAAGCGAAGGAGAUUCUUGAUUCCCAUUAAAAUAUUCUGAAUUCAAUGCUUUUAAAAACAAUUGUUCAACCUCCAACUUUUUCUGCCUUUACUCUCUCCUCCCCUGCUCUCUCUCUAUAUUUUCUCUCUCACUCACUCUCAUCUCUUUCUGGCCAAAUUUAACAAUUCUGAUAUGACUUUUUGAGAUUAUAAUUAACUCAAUACUAUAACUCAUUUAGCAUGGAAACUCUACUCCCUGCUUCGUUUUUAUCGACCUCGAGUUGGCUUCUCCAAGGAAGCCAAAGCUCGGAAUGGACUAAAGAAGAGAACAAGGAGUUUGAGAGAGCUCUAGCUAUAUAUGAUGAAACGACACCAAAUCGAUGGGCAAAGGUGGCUGCAAUGAUCCCAGGAAAGUCGGUCUAUGAUGUGAUUAAGCAGUACAAGGAUCUAGAAGAUGAUGUUAGUGAUAUAGAAGCUGGGAGGGUCCCAAUCCCCGGGUACCUUGCUUCUCCUUUUUCAUUUGAGUUGGUUGAUGAUCGUGAUUGCUUUAGAAAGAGGCCUCCCUCAGCUCGAGGUUCUGACCACGAAAGAAAAAAGGGAGUUCCUUGGACCAAAGAUGAGCACACGAGGUUUUUGCUGGGACUGAUGAAAUAUGGUAAAGGGGAUUGGAGAAAUAUCUCCCGGAAUUUUGUUAUCACUAAGACCCCGACACAAGUGGCUAGUCAUGCUCAAAAGUACUAUUUAAGGCAGCAUUCAGGAGGGAAAGAUAAAAGGAGACCAAGUAUACAUGACUUCACUACUUUAAAUCUCACUGAAACUACUACUACUACUUCCGAAAACAACAUUGGGUCUUUCUUGGACCAGUCCUCUGUGAUUCCAUCACUACAGAUUUCUGCUGAAGAAGCACAGAAGGUAUUACGUGACUGGAAUAUUCCUAGUGAUGAAGAAGCACUCUUGGCUUUGGGCUCUGCUUGUGGCAAUCUUUUCAUGUCUUCUUCACCAUAUGAGAGUGCCCCCAAUGGACUUAAAUUGCCUUUAGGCCAAAAUCUAUUUGGUGGUGGUGCUUGUUAUGCAGCCCAUUCAAAGCCACAAGCUUCGAUCUUCGAAGUGCAAACCUCCAGAUAUUAAGCACGUGGAUAAAGGAAAGCACUCUAGCCAGUUCCCCUCUCUGUUUGUAUUUAUGAUAUAGAAUGUGUUCAUUGUAAUUUUGGUUGUCAGUAACUCUUGUCAUAUGAUUCUGUAUGAAUUACAAAGUUGUUGAACAUCAAAGACUGAUGAAAUUUAAUAAUGUUCCAAUUGAAUUGUCUCCGAACCAUGAAAUUGAAUUAAAAAAGGCUCUACUGCUCUUGAAAUUUA